AGAUGGAGAUGUCAAAGUCGGGCAGUUUGUGUGGGCUCAGUUAACUGGGGUGCCCGCAAACAUGAUGUGGCCUGUUAGAGUUGUCGGUAUUCCAUCAGAAGGCCAUUAUGCAGUUUUCUGCAAAGCAGACCAAGCAACAAGUGCUCAAAAGAAAGCCUGCAACAUUAAAACAAUUUCUGGAAGACAUCAGUUGGGCACUAAGGGAAGAAGAUGGCGACAUUCUCAAUCACGAGACAGAGGUCAUCCAAAUUACACAGGCUCCGUACGCAUUUGGGAUGGAGGAUAUAUAUAAAAAAAGUUGUUCUCAGGAUGGCCUGAUUCACCAAAGACCAAUGGAUAACAUCAAAAAGAAAGUGAGCUUUAUAUGCUAAUCAAGAGGGGAAAAGCAUCCAAA